CAAAACAUGUGGAUUAAUGUUGGGUCCUCCAAUUUACAUCUGUCACAUAUGGGGUUAAUUUGUGGAUAUAUUUUAGACAAUUUUGCUUUUGAAAGGUCACCCUGUGUCCAUCCAUCCAUCCAUUAUCUAUACCCGCUUUAUCCUUUGCAGGGUCCCGGGGGUCUGCUGGAGCCUAUCCCAGCUCAUCACAGGUCCUGUGUAUCACUUUAAAUUGGGCUAAUGGAGUUCGCCUACAGUCAUGUCGUCUGUAACUGGAAGCCAGCAGCUAAAACCUGCGAAAAGGAUGGCAUUUUCCUUCCUGCCACACGUUAUCCUCCCGCAGAGCCCGACUACGACAACACAGUGGGUGUGAAACAGCAUGGAGAUCUCCCACCGCUGCCCCCUCGUCGUCUGAGGAAGGGUCCAACUUCCCUUCCUCUCCCAUCCCCUCCCACUUCUCAACCUCCACAUGCUCCUCAUUCUCUACCUCCUCCGGUUCCACCACGAUUUGACAAGCUGGAGAUAGAGAGCAAACUCAAAGCCAAUGUGAACAUCGUCUCCAUCAGCGUUGGGAAACUGGUUGACAUCAGCCAAGAUGAAGGUAUGGAGACGUUACAGAGGCCGGUGGUUUGUGGGAAAUGUAGUGCGGCUCUGUCGUGUCUGAGCACCGUACAGACGAAUGUCUGGGUGUGUGAGUUCUGUGGACGUGAAAACGGUGCCGACAGCAGCCUGGCGAAGGUGUGCAUCGGUCGGCGCACAGGUGUGCGCAGCGAUGACCUUUACCUGCAGAGUCGAAGCGACGACGACUAUCAGAACCUGGAGGACACGCUGGUCAUUUUCUGUGUGGACAUUUCUGGCAGCAUGUGUGUCACAACCGAGGUUCCUUCAGAAAGCGGCUCUCCAGUACACAUAUCCAGACUAGAGGGUAUGCAGGACGCCCUCCAGCAAGCGCUAGCGUCUAUCCUGCAGCAGUCGCCCCGAAGGAGAGUGGCGCUAGUGACCUUCAACGACGAGGUGGUAAUAUAUGGCGAUGGCACUCGUGCUCCUCUUACUCUCAGGGACUGGGCGCUGGUGGACUACGACCACAUUUGGAAACAAGCGGUGGCUUACAGCAUACCGCACUGUAUCGCAGAGACGUACAACCAUCUAAUACAGAGAGUAAAAGACCUCAUGGAACAUGGAGCUACAUCCCUCGGACCGGCCGUUUUAGCCUCUGUUGCUAUGGCGUCGAGGUAUCCUGGUUCAAAGGUGGUUUUGUGCACAGACGGUCAGGCCAACAUCGGACUGGGGGAUAUAGAAACCGUCUCUCAGUCUUCUUCACCUCUUACUCCUAAUUUCUAUCAGAAGCUGGCUCUGCAGGCGGUAGAGAAAGGAGUCAUAACGUCAGUAAUGACUUUUAAAGGGACCGACUGCUGCUUGGCUGACAUUGGGAGACUCGCGGAUGUGACUGGUGGAAGGGUGAACAUCGUCAGCAUCGGUAAUGUGGCAACACAGGUUCAAUCACUGUCCGAAGACAACGUCUUGGCAACGGGAGUCACGGCAACCCUGCUAGCUUCAGACGGAGUAUAUUUUCCUUAUGAGGAGGAAAACAGGCACAAGCUGACGAGGCAGAUAGGAAAUGUAACAAAGGGGCUGGAGAUCACGGUCCAGUUUGCUGUGAAACCAGAGUUUAUGGACGUUUUCCUUCAGAAGGACACACUUCCUUUCCAGCUGCAGCUGAGCUUCAAGACCAGAGACCAACAAGCAGUGACUCGGAUCAUCACCGAGCUGCGACCCGUAACGACCGGCAGCCGGCUUGUAGUGGGCGGGCUGAACAUGGCGGUGCUCGGUGUCCACUGUGCUCAGCUCUGCGCCAGCUUAACUAUGGAGGGCCGAGUGCAAGAGGCACAAGAGCAACUCAAAGUGCAGCAGGAGCUGCUGGAACACAUCAGUAAGUUGAGGCCGAUGCAAAAGGAGGAGAAUAUCUACGGUAACUGGAUGGAAACCAUGACGGUCAUCUGUGACGACAUCACAACGGAAUCGAAGAUGCUGUCUGACGAAGCAGCGGAGGUGGUGUACCAGAUGAGGAGAGCCAGCAGCAACAGCGACUCCAAACACAGUAACAAGCCUGAGGUCCAGAAGAAGACGGCCAGGAAGAAAAGAGUCGCCAUGGAAGCAGUUUAACAGGAAAGUCUUCAGCUUUCAUGAAUAACGGAGGAAUGUAGUUCAGGUAUUUGAGCAUCUCAGGGAAAACAGGAUUAUCUGCCACAGGUUUAACUGUGAUUAGAAGGUAAAUACACAUUUGUAAAUAUUCAAGGAUUUUAUGUCAAUGUUCUAUUGUUUCAUGUUAACUCUACAUACACUUGUUUCAUAAACUAUUUAAGCCUCUCGAGUUCGGAAUGUUACAGUGUUGGUGAUGAUGUGAUUUUCAGUGUAGAAAUUUGGGAUCAGGACUGUAAUUAUUGACAAAAAUGUUCCUUCAUUCUGGGAACGAGUGGAACAUGAACCUUUAAAUGAAUAUACAAGUCAGUUUCUACGAUUAAAUCAAAGCAGAGCAAUUAGGCCUUUUUCGUUGUGCAAGAAGCAUCAUUCAUAAUUGUAUUUUUUGCUGAAUAAAAUCACUUUUUUCUUAUUCUUAAA